AUGGCCCUGAAUCUUCAUAUUCCACCUUGUAUACGCUCCCCUGCUGAGCCUAGGCACCCUCCGCCAGUAGAUCAGCCGCUACGGAUUCAGAUUGAGGGACCGCUCAGCUCUAUCAACAAACUGCUACCUGGGGUUGAAUGGCAGCUUGAGGGCGUUUUCCGUCCGAGCCUGCAAACAGCUGGCCCAGAGCUUGCUAGAGUGGUGUUCCGGACAGUAUACGGACAUGACAUUCGUCCUGAGAUCGAUGGAGAUAUGGUUGUGCGAGAUGAGUACCUAGGCUGGGUGCAGGAGGAUCCAAGGCCGUGGACGAUUGACUACUACGGGGUUACGUUUGACCACCUUGUGCCUGCUGGCGAAAGGGAUCCUGAGGUCUUACAGGUUAAUAUUAUUGAGAUGGAGGAAGAUGAGGGAGCAUAUGCGAAGGAACAUUUGCCAUUUACUGUAGAUCCAGCAGAAUAUAGCGGAAGGAAGACCUGUACAUCCACGGGGAAAACGGUCCGACGCGUCUCACCCCGCGAUGAACCAGACGCGACCAGACGCCAUUACGAAGCAACUAGCCGCACCGGCGACGAUGCGCAGCAGGCGACAUACACACGGGCGACCGCCGUAAAGGUAGCAUACAUGUGA